CGCCAUGGCUCCUUGUAUGUGCAGUCAGCUGUCUUGACAGGUAUGCCCCAGUUUAAACCAACCGUUAGCCGUCUGAAAAGGGUAGCUGACGGUUUGUUAGCCCGUGUCUCUGGUGGUGCCGUGGAAAGAACAAUAAACAGCUAUAGCCUCAGCGCUACGUCACACGGUCCGCCCUCGAGUCGCCACGCUACAGUAUGAUGCGUUUAGGAUCCUCUCGUAAAGCCUUGUUUCGUAAAGCUCGCAUUUAACGUGCGUAAAACUUCUCCAAAGCAUUUUAGCGAAGGAUGCGCAUUGAUUCACUGACGACAAAAUAUUCAAAGUCAAUGACAUAAUUAUCUUUGAACUAUUAGAAAACUGUAUGAUAAAGAAUACAUUUUCUGUAAUUACGAGAAAGUUCUUUCUUUUUUCUGAAUUAACUGAUUAAUAACCUCAGAGUUAAAAGAAAAUGCUGUGGGUGUUUUUUUAUUUUUUUUAUUUUUAUUAUUGAUGAUUUUCUCGUUAAUCCAGAAAAAACUGGGCCAAAUACUCAUGUUCACACAAUUCAGUCGCGUUAUUCUGUGAAAAUUACCAUAAUUUAUCAAGUUUAUAAAAUCAGAUCAGAUUUUUUUCUCAAGUGAAUGAAAUACCCAACUGUGCGCGAUAGCUAUUAUGUAUAUUAAAUUUAUGCCCCGUUUUUCUGAAUGAAUGAGAUAAUGAUGUCGGAAUUUGAAUAAAAUUUCCUGCCAACUGAUCUCUUUGACUGCUUUUACAACAUGUUUAUCUUGUUCAUCCAGAAAAAUAUGACAGAAAAUUUUAUUUACUGUAAAUCUAUUUUGUAAUUCAGAGAUAUUUAUCUCAUUAGUUAAGAAAAAAAUAGGGCUGUAUUUUUAACUCCAAAAACUGUUCUUGUCCAGGACCCUAAUGCAUUCACUAAAGAAAAAAAUCUGUUCCGAUUUAUCUUGUUAAUUAAAAAAUGACAGCAGAAUUUUAUAUUCAGUAAAUGCAAUAUGCAUGUAACAGCUAUGUCUAACAAAGUGUAAAAACAAAAUUAAAACUGUGAGAGCUUAUAACGUCUUAUUGUGGUGUCAUACAGAUCUUUUCUACUCUGCAUCCCAAAUUUAACGCAAACACUGAGGAUUAAAAUAUAUAUAUAGUUAAUGAUUUUGGAAAAUUUAUAUAAACAAUGGUAUAUUGUAUGGUAUGGUAAAUUUGGGAUGCAGAGUGCAAAUUUUGAAUUGGGUAGCCAGAAUCUGAGACUUGAUUUGAAACAAUUUCUCAAAAUUAAAGCUGCUGUGAGGAACUCUCUAUUUGUGCCAAUUUUUGGACCCCCAAUAGUUGGGUCACAAAGUGAGAUUCUGUGACCAUCCUCUGGCAAAGGAUGUUUUGACAAUUGAUUUGACCUCUAUGGACCCUUUAGAAAAGAUUUAGCCCCCAGGUCCCUCGCAAAAAUCCCUAGACAGCUAAAUUCAAGAUGGCGGCUGGCGCCAUCUCUAAAAAUUAACUUUUGAUCUGGAUGACCUAGAAUCAUGUAUGAAGGCACUUUUCCAUACAAGUCAAGCAUGAGGAUUCCAAAUCUGACAUAGUUUUAAUCAUACAACUUUGUUUUGACCGCGAUAUUCUAGAUGGCUGCCAUCUAGUACUGUGAUUCUCAACCUUUUCAGGACUUGACCCCCCCAAAACAAUCAUAUUUGAAAUGGGUAACCCCUAAUUUGUUUGACUCUGUUCCACAUAUAGAUAUUGUGAAAAUAGCCGAUCUACAAGCCCGUAACACCUUGUAUUGUGAGGCGUGUGAGCUUGUAGAUUGGCUAUAUUCACAAUUUUUGCCUUUUUCUUAUAUCAUUUGACAAUUUGGCCGAUGGUUUAGCAUUGUUUGUUGAUUACUUUGGAUGCAGUGAUGAUCUUUUUCUUUGAGGAUCUUACAAUUCCUAACAUUAUCAUUUCACUGUCAUCUGGGGGUACGCCACCAACCAAUGAUCAAGUACAGAGAAAACUUAACUUAACAACAACAUAAAGGCCAGUGAAUAUUGCACUCAAACUAUCCAGUAUGCUUGAUUCAUGUCAGCAGCAGUACUUAACUCAGGCAAUUUGAUUGGCUGUCCCUGCAUGUCAGGGAUCAUCUUUGGGUCGACUUAAUGGUAUAUGUGGCUUCAUUGCACAGACUACCACACUGGAGAAUACAUGACUGUCUGUCUGUUCUUGUUGGUAUAUUAUUUUCUUCCAUAUUCAAGCAGCCAUGUAUUCUGCAUGCACACUGUCUUUACAGAUCAAAUGUGUAGCUCCUCUAACUGUGGGCUCAAAAGAAUGACUGAGGCAACAUUUAGGAAAGCAGCAGCACUAAACAAGCAGCAUGUGCUAACAUGCCCUGACAUGAAGGGACAGGAGGGUGAAGGGUGGCGGACCCCGCGCAGUUGUAUUUUCGUCUGGCGGAGCCCGGCGUACAGCCAGUUUGGUAUUAUCAUGGACAUUUUCGUGCUCGCCAACGGCGUGUAAAGUGCACUGAAAGCUCGCCGAUUCAAACCUGGUCAGCUUUUAGCGCAGGCGGAGCGCAGCUGGUCUAGUGGUAUUUUGGUAGACCGGCGGCGUAUCGGCAUACAUCACCGAUGCCUCACCGGCAGGUUUCCACAGUGUCAGGCACAUUUCAGUGCAAUAAAUAAUCAUCAAUAACAAUUAAUCUGAGUCAGCACAUAUAUUUAGAUCUAUAUCGAUAUAUUCUGAUCUAUAUCUGAUCUGAUGAGCGCGUUUGGCACGCAUUUGGACACACAACCUGACGGAAUCAACACAGCUGAAACCGCAUUAAAUUAAAUUAAAUAUCUAGUAAAUAAACACACAUGAUGAAGUUAACAAGAUAUUUAAUUUGUCUCCCUCCUUUUCUUUCUUCCUCUUCCUCUUAUUUCUUGCGCAGCUCGACCUGGACAUGUGUCUGUGUCCUCUCUCUGUCCUGCUGCAGCUGAACAGAUCAUUUGUUUCAGUGAUCAGAUGAGUUAUUUACUUCAAGCCGACAUACGGAUAUUAUAAUAUUCAGUUUUGUGAGGCAAAUUUAUUUUAUAUGCCAACAUCUAUGAAAGAAAGAGCCAGGCCACAGAGCGCGAUGCGUCAUUUACGCACAGAUGGUUCCAAUUUUAAUGCCAUUUUUGGAGUUUAUAUUGUGAUCUGUGCGCUCAACCCACCUUUGUCACGUGAGGUUUGGAUAUAUGCAACUUUAUGUGAGUGUCUUUAUUUGUGGAAAAGGGUGUUUGUCUUACCAGUGGGUCCAACAUUACACACACCAAAUCCGUCUGUGCUCACAUGAGAGAGUGUGGAGGACGCCAAAUGCAGCGCUUACAGUGGCACUUGUUGAGGAGCUGCCUUCUGUCGCCAUCGUGUGGCAUUACUGUCUUCAGACAUCUCUUGAUCUCUUUGACUACUUCACGAAAAUAGUAAUACGCCUCGCCAGUGGCGGAUUGAAAGCCUAUGUGACUGGUGAAAACAGGUCUCGGCUGUGUUAAACCCACUCCACGCCCUCUCUCCUCCCUCGCUACGACUUACGCCGCUGGGAGGAGCUGAGUAAAGGAGGGGGGAUACUUACACCGGGCUGCGUCGCUCACCAAAAUACCAAAUUGUGCUUGGGAACGCCUUGUCGGCGCGGCGGACCUGACUUUCGCUGCGCCUGCAGCACGUCUCCGGCGAGGCACGAAAUAGAGCCCCAUGUGUUACGGGCUUGUAGAUCGGCUAUUUUCACAAUAUCUCUAUGUGGAACAGAGUCAAACAAAUUGGGGGUUACCCAGUUCAAAUAUGAUUGUUUUGGGGGUCAAGUCCUGAAGGUUGAGAAUCACAGUACUAGAUGGCAGCCAUCUUGAAUAUCGCGGUCAAAACAAAGUUGUAUGAUUAAAACUGUCAGAUUUGGAAUCCUCAUGCUUGACUUGUAUGGAAAAGUGCCUUCAUACAUGAUUCUAGGUCAUCCAGAUCAAAAGUUAAUUUUUAGAGAUGGCGCCGGCCGCCAUCUUGAAUUUAGCUGUCUAGCAAAAAAUGCCGGGAUUUUUGCGAGGGACCUGGGGGCUAAAUCUUUUCUAAAGGGUCCAUAGAGGUCAAAUCAAUUGUCAAAACAUCCUUGCCAGAGAAUGGUCACAGAAUCUCACUUUGUGACCCAACUAUUGGGGGUCCAAAAAUUGGCACAAAUAGAGAGUUCCUCACAGCAGCUUUAAUUUUGAGAAAUUGUUUCAAAUCAAGUCUCAGAUUCUGGCUACCCAAUUCCAAAUUUGCACUCUGCAUCCCAAAUUUAACGCAAACACUGAGGAUUAAAAUAUAUAUAUAGUUAAUGAUUUUGGAAAAUUUAUAUAAACAAUGGUAUUUCACUUCUUUGUAUGCACUGGCUUCACAUUUUAAACCUCCCAUGGCAACAUUUUUUUAUAUUGGAAUUUUUUAUACCACACACAGGUAUGAGGGUUAAAGUGUCAGUGAGGGUUGAGGAGCUGAAGUCCCCCCCCUCCAACUAUGAAUGGAACAUUCAUCAGGAUGACUGUUUUUUGCCACAAACAUAAGCACAGAUAAACAAAGACUGCUUUGUCCACAGGGGGUAAGGCAGUGAUACAGACAAAAAAUCCUGACAAACGCUGUAAUGUGCAGUCCUGAUUUAGCUGCAGUUUAGUUUUUAACAUUUUUAUUGAGUUUUAAUUAAUAUACAAAAAUAUACAGCAAAAGAAAGAGGGAUAGACAAUCCCCCACCCCAUCCAGAAUAGAACUCCCCCUAACCCACUGUCCCAAAAAGAAAAGUCUUUAAACACACACACACACACACACACACACACACAUAUGUAUAUAUAUAUAUAUAUAUAUAUAUAUAUAUAUAUAUAUAUAUAUUAAUUUACUUUUGUUGAUGGUUUGUUGAUAAGGUCUAAAAAGGCCUCCAAACCCAAUGAAACUUCCUUUCAGAGCCCCUCAUUACAUUUCUAAUCUUAAAAUGAAACAGCAUGUCCUUAACCCUGUGUGAUUAAAUAGGGUGGCCCACAUUUUUCCAUUCCUGAAGAAUCAAGCAGUGGGCUAGCAAUGUUGAAAAGGCAACAAGUUUCUUAUCCCCGGCAGGUAAUCCUGAUCCCUCAGCCGUGAUCCCAAAAAGAAGUAAGAACAUGUUUAAGUUUUUUUAUUUUUAAAUACUUUAUUUAUUCAUUUUCAAAAUAUAAAGGUACAUAAAACACAACAACCUGAACAUUUAUUCUCUUCUUCCCACCCCUUCCCCAGAAUAAAAAUAAGAAGAAAUUUAUUGAUCCCCAAAGGAAAAUUCAAUUGUCUGUCGUCUCAUUUGUCAUGUCUCCAAAAGUUACCUACUAUUUACAGAAGAGUUGUAAAGUCUGAUGGCUGUAGGUACAAAAGAUCUUCUGAAUCUUUCUGUCCUGCAGCAAAGAGAGAGGAGCCGUCCAGCACCAUUGGCCCUUUGGUCCAUUCACAUGUUAUGAAGUGGAUGAUCCAUGUUCUUUAGAAUAGCCUCCACCUUCCUCAGUGUACAUCUCUCCACCACAUCCUCCAGUGAGUCCAAAUUGAAUUUAACCACAGAGCUAGCCUUUUUCACCAGUUUGUUCAGAUGUCUUGCAUUUUUGUGUUAGAUACUGCCUCCCCAGCAGACUGCAGUGAACACUUGCCACCCCAGACUGAUAAAACAUCUGCAGCAUCUUACUAAAGAUGUCUAUUGAAGAAGCAGGUCGGAGAAAAGAAAAUAUACAAUGUGAAAGCUGUACUCUAUAACAACAGUUUCUAUGGUCAUCCGCGACUGUAAUAAAUUUAUACUUUAAAAAAAAUUACAAAGAAAUAAAUAUCCAAACACAGUGAGGACAUUAAGGUGUCAUGAGGGUCCUCUCUGUGUGAUAUGAUCAAGAAUGGUUGCCAUAUCUGAUGGAAUCUGUCUGAUGACCCUGACAACUCAAAUUGAAUUUUUUCCAUGAAUACGGUAUUUGAGAGCUCUGUGAGCCAGGCUUCAAAACUCAGGGAUACAUCCCUAUUCCAGACUCAAAGAAUAGUUUUCUUAGCAAUGACCAUCCCAUACAGGAUCAACCUGCUGCAGUAUCUCAGAUUUUCAGUGACUAAGACCCACAAUGAUAUCUACUAAAAAGAUCCUGUUUAAAACAUGGAGCCUCUUCAUGAUUGAAGCUUGUUCUCUGUUCCUGACCUCUUCAGAAAAAGUCUGAGGGAGCAGUGGCUGCUGCAGUGAGCAAGUACCCACAAUGCAAUUGACCCCCCACAGCAAGAACAGAGCUCUGUGAGCGAGCAGCGAGAGACACGAGUUCUGCAGCUCAAGAUCCACAGGUACAGUAUAUACACAACAGACACACACACUGCAGACACACACACAUACAUUGUUGUGGCUGUCAGGUCACUGCCUGUCUGUGUCUCUGUCUCUUCAGGAUAGAAAAGACAUUAUCAAGGUUCACACACUCAAACACUCUCUCUCUUGCUUUCUCUCUCUCUCUCUCUCUCUCUCUCUCUCUCUCUCUCUCUCUCUCUCUCACACACACACACACACACGCACACAAACACACACACACACACACACACACACACACACACACACACACACACACACACACUGCACACACACACACACACACACACACACACACACACACACACACACACACACACACACACAAAGGGCUGUGUUUGAGUCAGUUAUGUUCCUGUAACUGAUAUCUGUCUGUCUUUCAGAAGGCCCAGGGCAGCUUUGCUCAGGGUGAGUUUGGAUGAACUAAUGAUUUUUUGAUCCUAAGGACAGAUGAUGGAUGUUUAGCUGUGUGUUUUCUGCCCUGCAGAGCCUGUACAGGUCUCCACAGCACCCCCCUGUGGCAGCCAGCACACACUCUGAAUCAAACUCACCGAGAAAGAGUGAGAUCACUUUUAUGUCAAGCUUAACAUUUACAGUGAUUUCUCUUUGAAGUGUAAAUCCUUUACAGGCUCAUUCUCAGUCCUACAGAGCCUCUGUAAGGGUUAAGGUUAGGGUAAGAAACUGGGUAUAAACUCUGAACAUGAUCCAGCAGACUCAAUUUAACACCCAAACCUAGACAGUAUGUAAGAUCCGUGUUAAAGUAUACUGACCCUAAUGUAGCAGAUGUAGCAGAGUCCAAAGUGGUUGGACGAUUGACCAAUUUACAGCCUACCUCAUCAAGAAGCUGCACGCACAGCUUGGCAAGUGUUAAUAACAGUACCCCAACGUAAGCCUUCCACUUGAAAUUUUUUUUUACAUAUUUCUGAAUUUUUUUGUACCAAUUGACUCCAAAUAGUCAGAAACAUGCUUAUAAAAAGGUCCUGGACAGUGACUUUUAACCCUAACCCUCUAACCCUAACCCCAUAAUCCUCACCCUUACCCUAAUACACAGACCUUACCCCAACAUAACCCUAACACUCAAAAAAUUAUUUGACAUUUUUCUCAAAUUUUAUUGUAGUGAUUUUAACCCUAAACCCAUAUCCCCAACCCACACCCCAUAACCCUAACCCCAACCCCAAUACCCAAACAUAACCCCAACAAUUAUUUUAUUUAUUUAAUCUUUAUUUAACCAGGCGAGGGUUAAUAUAUAAUCUUAAUACAAAAUCUCUUUUAAAAAAGCGACCUGGCCAAGAGGCAGCAAAGUUACAGAGUUACAGUAAAAUCAUGUAAAAUGAAUAACAAUAACUCAAUAAGAGAUACAACAGAUUAAAAUAAAUAAAAUUGUCAGUGAUAAAAUAGAAGCAGUGUAACAUCUUGUUAAAAACAGUCACAAAGGCCAAUGCUUUCCAGUUCCCUCAUUUUAAAAAUUUUCACAAAGUCCUCAAAGGGGAUCAUAUCUGAUAAUUUUAGUUCCAUCUGUAGCGAAUUCCAUGCAGUAGGAGCAGCAAAGCAGAAGGCCCUUUUUCCUAACUAAGAGAGGACACGAGGAGUUUUUAACAUCAACAAGCCAGUGGAUCAUAGCCUAUAAUGUCCAUUAUUUCUCACAAGGUAAGAUCCAAGAUAGGAUGGCACCAUCCCAAGUAAAGCUUUGUAAAUAAAAGUCAACCAGUGAGUGAAUCUUCUGACAGACAGGGAGGGCCAUUCCGCUUUUUUGUACAGAGUGCAACGAUGCGUCAGAUUCUUGCAUCCAGUGUCAAACCUUAAAGCACAAUGAUAGACAGUAUCCAAGGAACGUAGACAUGUGACUGGUGCAAGCAUAUACAGUACAUCACCAUAAUCAAGCAACGGAAGGAAGGUUGCUGACACAAGAUGUUUCCUGGCUCCAAGAGAAAAGCAAGAUCUGUUCCUAAAAUAAAAGCCCAAUUUUACCUUAAGUUUAGAAAUUAGGUUUGAGAUAUGAUAUUUGAAAUUUAGACAAUCAUCCAGAUGGAAACCCAGGUACUUAUUGGACGAUACUUGCUCAAUGGCUGCACCCCUGCAGGUUAACACGGGAAGAUUUGUUGACAGCACAGUAGCCCUGGAAAACAGCAUAACCUUUGUCUUAUCAACGUUCAGGACCAGUUUCAGCCUUUGCAGGCAAGCCUGAACGACAUCAAAGGCCGACUGCAGACGAGUGAAAGCAUGCACAACAGACGAUGCAAAGCAGUAAAUGACUGUAUCGUCUGCAUAAAAAUGAUAGAAGGCGUCUGACAGAUUGUUACAGAGUUCAUUUAUAUAAAUAGAAAACAGAAUGGGCCCCAACACCGAUCCUUGUGGUACCCCUUUUGAGACCAUCAGAAAUGUAGAUGUGGAGCCUGCCAUCUGGACACACUGAGACCUACAUGAUAGGUGAUUCCUGAACCAACUACAUGCCCGGAUAAGCCCACUUUGUGCAGUGUAUCAAUUAGAAUAUUGUGAUCAACUGUGUCAAACGCUUUGGAUAUGUCAAUUAAUAGUGCUACACACACUUUCUUUAAAUCUAAUGCGCCAAUAAUGUCAUUCAAAACCUUGAUUGGCCAGAUUGGUAACUUGAUAAAUGCUUGAUUCCUCAAGGAAAGCUUUUAGUUGAUUGCUGACAAGUCUUUUGAAGACCUUUGCUAAAAUGCACAGCUUUGAAAUAGGUCUAUAGUUGUUCAAAAUUGAGGGAUCUCCCCCUUUUAGGAGGGGAAGAACAAAGGCAGACUUCCAUAUGAUUGGGACUUCACUGUUAAGAAGACUCAGAUUAUAUAAAUUUGAUAGAGGCUGAGCGAUGAAAUCUGCAGCCCAUUUUAGAAAGUAUGGAUCAAGCUGAUCAGGACCGGCAGAUUUCUUUGGGUCAAGCUGUUUCAGUUCCCUCAACACAUCAACUGCAGAUGUUGAAAGAAACUGAAAUAGAGCUUCCACAUUUUCUCUACAAACUGGCUUGACAUUAUCUUCAAUGCGGGGAUCAGGACUGCUUAAUUCUUGAUUAGAUUCAAAUAAAAAUCCUGCAGAAAUAAAAUGCUCAUUAAAACAAUUUAAAAUCUCAGACCUAUCAGUUAUCAUACAUGAGUCAUUGUUGAUAAAAGAAAGUGGUUCAGUGGUGGAAACCUGACCAGAAAAGGACCUCAUCAUUUUCCAAAACUUUCUUGGAUCAUUUAAAUAUUUACUGGUUUCCGAAAGGUAGUACUCUGACUUUGCAGUUCUUAUAGACUAAGUAUACCGAUUUCUAAGCUGCCUAAAUCUGAGCCAAUCAAUGUCAGCCUUAGUCUGUCUUGCUCUGGCCCAAGCGUUAUUUCUAUCUCUAAGGAGACUAUUUAAUUCUGGAGAAAACCAUGGAUUAUUGUGACCUUUUAUUUGCAAUUUGCGAAAAAGAGCAUGUUUAUUUAGAUUAUUCGGGAAACCAUAAAAAAAAAAAAAGAAAUUCCAAGCCAAUUCCACAUCACGAAUAAGAUUUAGUCUGUCCCAGUCAAAAUCAUAAAGAUCAUGAAAGAAAGCUUGCUCACAAAAACGUUUAUGGUCUCUUUUAUGGAGCAGUCGGGGCUUCAUUUUAGGGAGUUUAGCCUGCCUAACAGUUGCAAUAACACAAUGAUCACUUAGAUCAUUUGUAAAAGUGCCCACAUUAGAGAAUUUAUGAGGGGAAUUUGUUAAAAACAGAUCAAGCAAGGAUGACUUCUCAGGACAUUUAGCAUUUGGGCAUGUUUCCCCCUUAACAAGCUGUGUCAGAUUAAAUGAGUCACAAAACGAUUUGAGGUUGUCUGACGCUAAGGUCAGCCAUAACCCUUAGGAAAACAUUUUCAGAAAUAAAAUGCGGAGAAUACGAUUCUGUUUCACUUCAAAAAUGUUCCGCCAUUUGAAAACAUCCCCCGACUUAUCCUGUAGAUGGCGCAGCGACCUCAUGAUAAUCUUCAUCCACUAACUACCUCACAGCACAGCAGAGUGACGGAUCUGAAGCAGGCAGCGGCAGGGACACACGGAGGAGAGUGGUCCGCCUCAACGAUAAAUAAACCAGUUUGUGAAAUACACAGUAAGUCAACAAGUUUCAGUUCAACCCACUUCAUGAUGUUCCCCGCUGUGCUGGUCUCGGUCACGCGGAGUUAACGGUGAAGCACCAUGUAAUAUGCAAGCUAAAGUUAGAGUUAGCCAUCUGCUAUUAGCCUUGCUACACUGUUAGCCGUGCCACUAACGGUAGAAUACGGUGGCCUGGAAGUGCAAAACACAACCACAAAAGAGAAAACACGACAGCAAAUCAAAACGCAAACGCAAAAGAGAAAACGCAACCGCAAGUCACAAAACGCAACUGCAAAUCACAAAACACAACAGCAAACCACAUAUGCAAACGCAAAAAAGAAAACAAGACAGCAAAUCACAUAUGCAAACGCAAAAAAGAAAACGCAACCGCAAAUCCCAAAACACGACAGCAAAUCGCAAAUGCAAAAAAGAAAAAGCAACCGCAAAUCCCAAAACACGACAGCAUCGUCUGUCUUCUUCUUCUUCAUUGUAGUUUAAUGGCAGUUUACUCAGCUAGGGGUGGAGAACUACCUCCACCUGCUGGAUCGAUGUCGGAACGGGAAAGUAAGCACUCAAAUCAACUCGUCUGUCCUUUGACCCGGAAAGACACGAACCGUUGUGGGCUCAGGUGUCUAAGCAACCUCAUCACCACGUCACGCUUUACACGAAGUCCAUGUUUCUGUUAUAGGACUUUCCACAUAGUCCGAUAUCUGAACAGUUGCUCUGGUCCAUCAAGCUUGGUCAGAGUGGCACUCCUCACCUCGAAAAGUGGGGAGUAGUUACGGCGUCUAAACAAGGCAGCUUCUUUCAAGCGGGUCUUCAGCGUUCAAAUGCUCAUGCUAAAGCCAUAAAAAGUCAAUAACAUGUCGGCUAUCACGUCAUAUUUGUGUCCUGCAUCAAAAUAUUGCUGCAUAAUUUCCAGUACACUUUCGCUUUCGGCGUCCAUGUUCGUCUUUACUUUCCCAUUCUGACAUCCAGCAGGUAAACUGCCAUUAAACUACAACAAAGAAGAAGAAGACAGAUGAUGCUAUCGUGUUUUGGGAUUUGCGGUUGCGUUUUCUUUUUUGCGUUUGCAUUUGUGAUUUGCUGUCGUGUUUUGAGAUUUGCGGUUGCGUUUUCUUUUUUGCGUUUGCAUAUGUGAUUUGCUGUCGUGUUUUGUGAUUUGCAGUUGCGUUUUGUGAUUUGUGGUUGUGUUUUCUCUUUUGCGAUUGCGUUUUGAUCUGCUGUCGUGUUUUCUCUUUUGUGGUUGUGUUUUGCACUUCCAGUCCAUCGUAGUACAUUAACAAUAGUACACAUUACGUGAUCGAGCUUCUUCUCUUACUGAGGCAGCUGCAUUUCUCCAGAUGAGACCGGACCGGACAUGAGUAACGUGAGUUAAGACCAUAGGCUGUGUCUCAUUUCAGAGACCGCAUCAGGCUGAGAGCGUGCUCGGAGCGCGGCCGUUAUUUUUUAAUUGUGCGACCUUGCACGGACACAAAACAGUAGAUACAUAUAAGCAUAGAUCAUUUCCACAAAAUUCAUCCAAUGAUUGCAUGUUUUGUAUGAAGGAGGGCCAUAUUGAGAUUUUUUUUUGAAGACUUCGAGAUCAAAGUCGUGAAUUUACAAGAAUAAAGUCAUUAAUUUAUGAGAAUAAAGUCAUAAGGUUACCUGUUAUUUAAGAGGAGAGUUGUUAAAAUUAGGGCCAUGAAGCAUUUGAAGGAACUGUCCUUUGGUAAAGGUUUCACAGACAAGGAGAUACAUCGUCCUUUGGCAUAUCAGCACCACAUUGUCACAAGUAUAAAGACUGAAAAAAGAACAUAUGAGAAAUACAUCUUUUCCACAGGGAAAAAAACAGGAGGACUUGGAGGAAAUUGCUGCUUUUGUGGAGGCAGAAAUGGAUAUGCUGAGGAUAUAACUGUCAAUGCAGCCGUAAAUAUCCGUGAAUGGCAUUGAGCUUUAGUUUAUGAUAUGAAUCCAUAUGCCAUAAUAAGGCGUUGGUGUCUCUGCAGGUGUAGGUUACUGCCGGUGUCAGAGACAUGGUGCUUGUUGGAGCUCGACUUCCUCUGGAUCUCAAAUGUUGAUCAUCAGUUGGAUUGUUUCUUAAAAACCACAAAAACUCUCUGAAUGACCCGCUGAUACAUCCAUCAAUAACCCCUCAGUUGACCAGUUCCAGCCAUUUCCCAUCCACAAAACGCAGCUUUAUGACUUUAUUUACUUCAUGACUUUAUUCUCCCAAGUUAACAACUUUAAUCUCUCAGUCUUAAAAAAAAAAAAAAAAAAAAACUCAAUGUGUCAGUGAUACUCCGAUGUAGUAUUGUCAGCUUUCUUAUUUCUUAUGUUUUUGAUUGUGGUAGCAGAGUGGAUCAGCUCCUUUUCUAAAGAGUAUAAUGUUUGGUUUGCAGGUGCAGAUUUUAGUGAGUUAACAGAUAAUGCACUCAUACAGCCUGAGCUGACUGUCUUGUGUUUUUGGAUUUCUUUUAUCUUCUUUGAAGACGCGCUGAAUUCUGGGGGGGGGGGGUGUUUAUCGAGUGUUCCUCGUUUUUUAUGAUAUAUGUAAGUUAGCUUUAUUUUAUUUUAUUUUUUAAUUUAUUUAUUUAUAUAGGCUAUUUAUAUUAGAGGAUGACGAGUGUGUGAGUUUAACAAGAAGGAGGUUGACAAAACAAUCAGACUCACACCCGCUGCAGUCUGAAUAAUAAGCUAAAAAGAAUUUGUUUAUCAUCUUAAUUACAGUUAAAAUACAUAGCCAGGGGUGUAGUGUAAGUCAUAUUAUGUAAACACAACUAAGAAAAAUGCUUAAUGUAGGCUAUGAGUUUGAAAAUGGCCCAUAUAUAACGAGACAAAUUCUUUUAAACAAUGCAUAUUUAAUGCAUACUUGCUGUUCUCUCACUGUUUUUCUUUUUGUUGUUGUUUUCACAGAUGUCAAAAGAAAGCAAGCGUGGCAAGGUGUGGAAGAGUUGGAAGUUAACUUAACUGUUUGCACUUUACACAAAAUACCUCAUUCUUUUUCAGUUGUUGUAGCAAUAAAAAGGAUUUGUAAUGAGUUUUUGCCUUUAAUUCUAUGAAGAAGCGUUUGAAAGGCUCAAAAGCAGCCAUUUGUUAAAAGAAAAAAGGAAAUAUGUAGAUAUUUUACUUAAAUUACCAAAAUUUUAAAACUGAUUUUUUUCUCCCCCAAUAAUCAGUAUCAGCAUCGGCCCUAAAACAUCCAUAUGGGUCGGGUCCUAAUUUUAACCCCUACCCCAUAACCCUAACCCUGACCCCUUAACCCCAAUACCUCAAUGUAAGUGUAACGAAGAGCCUUUGUUACUAAUGACGGAUGGCUUUUUGCCAUGUAAAUAUUGCACAGCUGGGAUGCACUUUAAAUACUACUGAUGAAUGAUUAAUAGCAUUUAGCACUUUUUUAGCACUUGGCACUUUCCUUCUCUCUUUUCUGUUGGAUAGGGUAACCAUGGUUGCACACUUGGAGCUCUAUCGGCUAACUUAAACAUACAUUCACAUAGAUAUUCAUCCCUCCACUUACUUGUCAGGUGUCCAUUCACACCAUCAUGCCGGCUCAUGUUUACAAAUGAGGAAAUAGAGCGCAGGAUUUCCGUGUGUAACUCAAUAACCUGAGGUUACACUAAUUAGUGUCCCAGAGGGAUGCCCACCACCGGUGAGUGCCCAUCGGAUGGUCACUACAUUUUGCAAUGUUUUAUGUUUUAUGGGAAAUUUUGAGUUGCCUAUAUGGGGCACUGGAAUUGAUCACUCAAGUUUUAGACACCCUUCAAAAUGGUGCUAACCCCCAUAUAGUCACCAAUAUAGUAGUUAGGGAUCCAUUUCUGACACAGCCUAACUUUAUUUUAUCCCCAAAGGGAAAUUGAAAUACUCCUUUACUGUAUGAGUCAAUCCUCCAAUCACAAAGGAAACCAGCUCUCUUCAUUGUGCCGUGGCCCUGCCACCUCUGAUAGAGGACCCUCCCCCCUGUACGCAGACAAUGCUCCCCACACCAUCCUUAACACUGUUGACACCACUGAGCCAAUAACAGCCAUCUUCAUGGGCUUCCAGACAGCCCAGGAUGACAUUGGGCCAGGCCAGGAGUUUGAAGGCUCUCUGAAGGUGGAGCUAGUGAUCAUCAAGGACAGGACAGUGACGAGGGCCAUGGCGAGGACUGUACCAACAGGAAGGAGAAACACACAGGAAGUUUUAGUCAUCAUACAGGAAGUUCAACCCAUGGAAAGAUGGGACAGAUAAGGAAACCAAUGGAACCAGGUAUCAGAAAGAUCCAGAAGACACAGACACUGCUGUACUGUCUGAUAACCGGACUAACUAGACUAAGUCCUGCACGCCUGAGUAUCUGACUGACCAACCAGCUGGAUCAAUCUGUCAUCUAGUCUCUGACCAGUCUGAGGAACCUUUCGACUAUUCCCGAACAAGCCAACUCAGCCUGUUUACUUCCUCUCAACCAGCAGUACUAACCUGUCCAUCUAGUCUGUAAGCAGCUAAAUAUACCUGUUAACUGGUCGUAUACCAGCCAGAUCAGAACAUUAACUGGUCCCUGACUAUCCGCAUUAGCCUGUAAUCUAGUCCAUCUAAAACCACAUCAGCCUUUUGACGUGUAGCUAACCAGCAGGAUAAACCUGUAAACUUGCCUCUAACUCACCACAUCAGUCCAUUUAUCCAAAGACUGACUUCCAACUCCAAGCCAGUAUUGUUAGUCUGUUAACUAGUUCCUUCACAGCAGUAUCAAUCAGCGAACUAACCCUUACCAGCAGCAUCAGCCUUUAACUAGUCUCUCACCAGAAGCAUUAGUCAAUAGAUGAGUUUUUAACCAGCAGCUUCCAUCCAUGAACCUGCCCUGAAUCAGCAGUAUCAUCCUGUUAGCAAAUCCUUUACUUACAGCAUCAGCCUAUUAGCUAGUCCUUAACUAGCAAUAUCAACCUGUUUACCAUUGUUUAACCAGCAGCACUGGUAAGGUAAAUAGUCUUUAACCAGCAGCAUCUUUCAGUAAACCAGUCAUUAACCAGCAGCACGUCAGUUGACCAAUUCUUAACCAUCAGCACUUGUCAGUUAACCAGUCCCUUAUGAGUAACAUUUGUUAGGGAACCUGUUCUUAAUCUCCAAAAUGUGUCAGUAACCAGGUCCUGGUAUCAGAUGUCUUUUACAUGUUAACUUUUAUUGUAACCCCAGCAGGUUAUUCCACAGACACCAGGGGCCUCAUGUAUCAACACUUGCGUGGGACUCAUACCAGAAACGAGCGCACGCAAGGUCCGUCACGCUGAUAAAUCCCAAUCAGCUUGGAAUUGAGCGCAGAUAUCGGAGUGACCGGGCCCGCCCCCGUUACGCCCUCCUAUAAAUAUGCAGAUUUAUUUAAAUAGGGUCUCCCUGUCCUUGCACGCAGACAAAAUGACAAGAAAAACUAAAUUUACGGCGUGCGAGGUGGAGGUGCUGGUGGCGGAGGUGGAGGAGCGACAGCGUGUUUUGUUUGGCAGCCUGUCCAGUAGGGGUGUGAAUCUCAGCACUGAGGACGAUUCGAUACACAUCUCGAUGCACUGCCAGCGAUACGAUACUUUAGCGAUACAUGGAAUUUUCUGGCGAUACGAUGCGAUACGAUUCACCCUCUUCAUGAUGCGAUACGACACAAUAAUCAUUUAGUUCAAAUCAAUGCGAUCCGAUACGAUAUGAUGCAAUUUGUUGUGAUAUGAUGCAAUUCAACAUGAUGCAAAUAAGCAAAGAAAAAAAAGAAAUAAAAAUAAAAGAUGGAAUUCAGUAUGGUACUACAAAAAUGAUUUGGCUUUAUUCCUUAAAGGCACUUGGCAGAAAAUUAAACAAAAGUGCUUUUUGUCUUUUUUCUAUGCUCCUUUGGGUUCCAUUUUGUACAGUUACACAGAUUAGACAGACCUCCUGCAACUGUUAAGGAAUCUGAAUCAAUAAAAUCAAAAAAAAAAAAGGAUUCCAAUCCCAACCCUACAUCACACAAGUGCUCUAUAAUUGUUGGGUAAUAUUACAGUACACAUUAUUAAACAACUAAUGCACUGCCUAACAUGGUGCAAAUAAACCAUUCGAUGGCCAUACUACUGUCUGCUAAACCAAUGUGCUAGAGUUUACUUUCUAACUGGCCACUGAAAACAGUGAUUUGAGUGAGUUCUGCAAUAAUAAAAGAGUAAAACAUUUACACAAUAAUUACUGCUGUAAAAAGUACAGUAAACAGCAACCACAAAACACUCUCAAUGAGUAACCCAAAGUGACACUUUCAACAGUGCAAUCAAUAGCUACGUUUACAUGGAGCCAAAUAUUCCGAAUAGAAUCGGAAUAGAAGCCCAAUCGGAAU